AUGCUAAUCGAUAUGGCCGUUGAGCGCCAGCGUCCACUCUUUCCGACUUUGAUAUACUCUACGACAGUGGCGGCUGCGUUCCUAGUUCCUGUUGCAACUGAGGGGGCAAGUGAUCAUAAUUCGAGCAGUAUUACGACUCCGGAUACUCCCAUCGUUACAACUCCUGGUACGGAUAAUCACUCCAAUGCUGAUAUUCACAUCAAUCCUGCAACUACAACUGUAGGCAACCCGUCUACUGGAGGAGUCUUGAUUGCCGACCCUCAGAUGCAACAUCACAACAGCCUAUCUCAAUAUCAUCCACUUAUGAGUGAGCAUCCAUCUUCCUCAUUCAUUUUCGGCCCCUUUUAUUUUAGUACUCUUUAA